AUGUCAGUAAUAUCAACAGUAUCAGCCCUGUCAUGUUUAUCAAAUGACAAUGGAUAUCUGGAAGUGAUAGAAGACCCAGAAUACAAAUACUGCAUCACGAUACCACCAGUCAUGGGAAAAGAUGGCAAGAUGACAGAGCCUAGCCAAUAUGGACUGACUGCUGAAAUGGAUGACACUGAGAUCUAUGAUGAGCUCUUUGCUUCUUCUACUCUUAUCAGCAUGUGCAUUCAGGAAGUGAGUUUUUCGAAAAUUUGAAGAAACUUUGUUUACAAAAAAAAAAAUUUUUUUUUUAAUUUUAAAAUUUCAAAAAAUUUUUAAAAAUAAAAUAUUAGUUUUAAUUUUUUCAGAAAUACGAUUUCGCAGCGAUAGUAAAGCAGUCGUAUGGGCCAAAGUUCACCCACAAGCUACCUGACCCUGAAUACAUGACCCGAUGCUUAUGUAGAAGCAACUACUGUAACCGAGGAGCAACGAUAGACGAAUUCUAUGCUGAACAAUUAAAGAUCUUUGUCUAG